CUUCGUGGUCAGGUGACCCAGCAGCAGGCAGGCCAGUGUCGGCUUCUCCUUCGCUUUGGCUCCGAUGUCGGAGGUGUUUGUGCCUGGAAGAAAUGGACUCUGGCAAUGCGCGAAUUUGAUCAUUCAGACAUCCGAUCAGUUGAGUCUGUGAAUGGCGCCAAAACAGGACCCUAAACCUAAAUUUCAAGAAGGUGAAAGAGUCCUGUGCUUUCAUGGGCCAUUGCUCUAUGAGGCAAAGUGUGUAAAGAUCAGCAUAAAGGAUAAGCAGAUUAAAUACUUCAUUCAUUACAGCGGAUGGAACAAAAACUGGGAUGAAUGGGUUCCUGAAAGCAGAGUUCUCAAAUAUGUGGACAGCAACCUUGCGAAACAAAAAGAGCUUCAAAAGGCCAAUCAGGACCAUUAUGUUGAGGGAAAGAUGAGGGGUUUAGCACCAAGCAAGAAGAUUGCUGCUGUGCAGCAGAAAAAUGUUGAUCUGAAAGUGAAAAAGGCAAAACAGAAGACCCCAGGGCCGGGUGAAGGCACCAGCAGCGGAGAAACGCCCCAGGGUCCACGGAAGAAGAGGGCUCGGGUCGAUCCCACUGUAGAGAGUGAGGAGAUGUUUACCAACCGCGUGGAGGUGAAGGUGAAGAUCCCUGAGGAGCUGAAGCCCUGGCUGGUUGACGACUGGGACCUCAUCACCCGACAGAAACAGUUAUUUCAUCUGCCUGCUAAGAAGAAUGUAGAGACUGUCUUGGAGGACUAUGCAAACUAUAAGAAAUCAAAAGGAAACUCGGAUAAUAAGGAGUAUGCAGUAAACGAAGUGGUGGCAGGGAUUCGGGAGUACUUCAACGUCAUGCUGGGCACGCAGCUGCUUUACAAGUUCGAGAGGCCGCAGUACGCUGAGAUCCUGGCUGAACACCCAGACAUGCCGAUGUCUCAGGUUUAUGGAGCUCCACACUUGCUGCGCCUAUUUGUUCGUAUUGGAGCCAUGCUGGCCUACACUCCACUGGACGAGAAGAGUCUGGCUUUGCUGCUCAGUUACCUCCAAGAUUUCCUCAAGUACUUAGUAAAGAAUUCAUCCACCCUCUUCAGUACCACUGACUAUGAGGUCGCACCCCCAGAGUACCACCGCAAGGCCGUCUGAGAGCUCUCAGCACAUAGGACUCAGACUGAAUCAUCCCCCUCUCCCAGAACACGUCAAAUAACCCUCACUACCCUUUUGAGUGCAGACUUGGAUGAGAUUUUUCACUUGAAACUGAUGCGCUUCCUCCACAACGGUCUCAGGAGCUUGUCACAGUCGAGAAGUCACAAAUUUGGGGAAACCUUUUUUAGCUGAACCUCCCUCUCUUUUCUCUCCCUUUUUUCCUUUUUCUCUCACUUCUUUGAAAAGAACACAAGACACAAGAAAAAAUAUUUCUCUGUCAAAAAAGUUACUGUUUCCACAAGCAGCUCUUUGGUGUUUUUGUGCAUUCCAUCCGAUAGAUGAUUUGUUACUGUUGCAUGUGUGUAUUUAUUAGUGUUUCUUCAGCUACAUGAGGUGCAAUUUAAUGCUCGACCACAUGGUCAGCACUAAGCAGUUGAUGUUUUUGUAUCUGUAUCCUGUGUAUUUGUAUCAAUUUGUAAAAAAAAGAAAAAAAAUUUCUACACAAUCUUUACAUUGUUUGCUCUGGUUUCUUGUUAAUUUCUUGUAAAUUAUUUAGUGUCAUCACUGUUCUUUCAAGAUGCAUUUUGCAAAGUGUUACUCACUGAUGAAAUAAGCUGUAAAAUAAUGGAGGAAUAGCUGCCAGCGGCAUCAAGACACUACUCCCUAUUGUACUUGAGCACAUCAGACAUCAAAGACUUGCACUGUAGAAUAUGUUUUAAUAUUCAUCUGACAAGACAGUGAGCAAAAGCAUCCAUCUCUCUCUCGCGUGUUCAGUUCAUGAAAAAUACAGAAUUGUGCAAGUGCCACGUGAGGGAGCAGUAAUGAUUUGCAAAUGUAGAAAAUACAAAAUGCUCAAAACAAUACAUUUAACCCUUGAUUAAACAAGGGGGGGGGGGUCAUUUUUCACGCACAAGACUUUCACGCCCAAGAUGGGCAUUACUGGCAAUGAGUUACAGAUUUAACAUCAGACUACAAAAUACAUAUCCCACGAUCAGUCUGAAUAAAUGAAUAAAUGAUUAUGAUUUUUUUUAAAAAUCAAAUACAGUCAGCAACAGAAAUCCAGCUCUUAACAUAUAGAUGGUUUAAAUUAUCUAUUCUCUAGACCAGCAAUAGUAAUUUGAAGUCAUUCAGCAGUUGUUUUUUUUUUGUUUGUUUGUUUGUUUUGUUUUAUUUUGUAAUUUAAUUAAAACAUUUUUUGGGAAUAUGCAAAACUAAAGCACAGUAUCAACUGCCCU